AUGACAUUUGAAGAAUUCACUCAGAAGGUCUUAGAAAAAUUCGACAUUUCCCUUCAUGUGAGGAAGAUGCACUACACCCUCAAGUUUAACCCUAGAGUCAUCCAAGAUUUAGAAGAUGAGGAUGACUUGGAUAACGUGGUUUCCCACAGUGAUGACUUUGCAAAUGUGUACAUAGUCGAGUCACCCGGUGUGGAAGCCAUAGAGGCAAAUAUACCGAAUACACAGUUGGCACUUGGAGGUCCACAUCCUACGUUUCCUUCGUCUAAUGCAUCAUGCGAUGCAAAUCCUAAUACUAUGAUGUUAUCAAGAGGUUUUGCAUCGCGUUGUGCAGAUAGUGAGUACACCCCUUUGGAAUCGAAUCGGUUUCGUGAGGCAAUAUUAGGUUCCGGACAUACAUUUAAGAAUGCAGAUGAGUUUCGGAAUGCAAUAUACCAAAUGUCAUUAGCUGGAAGGUUUCAAUACAAGUACAAUAAAAAUUCACCCACUCAUAUGUCAGUAAAGUGUUCGGUUGAGGAUUGUCCUUGGAAGAUAACAGCUCAUGCUGUUGAAGGAAAUGAAAUAUUGCGAGUUUAUACUUACCAAGUUAAUCAUAAUCAUAUAGCUCAAGAUGAGUGUUCAUCUAAGGUGCGGGUUUCUUCCAAGAGAGGUGCUGUUGUUGUUGAAGACGUGUUUAGAACAACUCCAGAAUACCUUCCUCGACAAAUUUGCAAGGAUUUUGAACGUGAUCAUGGAGUUCAAUUGACUUAUAACCAAGCAUGGCAUCUUAAAGAGAAGGCAAAAGAGCGUGUAUAUGGAUCUCCACGUGCGUCCUACGCGUAUUUGCCUUGGUUAUGCCAUAGGCUAAGGGAAAUUAACCCUGGAACUAUUGCCGAGUACACUUCUCAUGAAGGUCACUUCAAGCAAUUGUUCAUUGCCCACGCAUUUUCAAUUCAAGGGUUCACCAUGGGGUGUCGACCGGUAUUGGCUAUUGAUUCUUGCCACCUAAGUGGUCCAUACAAAGGAGUUCUUUUGUCUGCCAUUGCAUAUGAUGCAGAUGAUGGAAUGUUCCCUCUAGCCUUGGGUGUGGUUGGUUCAGAAAAUUAUGAGGAUUGGUAUUGGUUCUUGGAGAAAUUGAAGGGGAUCCUAGAUGGUCAAGAAGUAAUUAUUAUAUCAGAUAGACAUCAAGGGAUAUUGCGUAGUGUUUCGGAGUUGUUUGGGGUAGAAAAUCACGCCUAUUGUUAUCGACAUGUGAAAGAGAACUUUUCAAGCUUCUUCAACAGGCAAAACAUUAGGGGAAAGAAAGGGAAAGAAGAUGCUUUGUUGCUUUUAGACAACAUUGCAUAUGCUCGGUUGGAUAUAGACUACAAUGAGGCGUUUGAAAAACUUGUGCGUUUUAAUGGCGACCUAGCAAGGUGGGUUGCGGAGAAUAGUCCGGAGCAUUGGGCGAUGUCAAAGUUCCUUAAAAAACGUUGGGAUAAAAUGACAACUAAUAUUGCAGAGUCCUUCAAUGCGUGGUUAAGAGAGGAACGCCACCAAACAAUUUAUACGUUGCUGAUGAUGCACAUGGAUAAGCUUGUAGCCAUGUUGGACACCCAUAUGCGUGGUACAGAUAAGUGGAAGAGCGUGGUUGGACCCAAAACAGAGGAAAACCUAAUGUCAAAUAUCACGAGAUCUGCUCCGAUUACUGUGAUGCCUUAUUUGGGUGGGACGUUCAAGGUUUUUACUGGAGAAGUUUAUUUGGUUGUGGAUAUGCAGCAACAUAAGUGUACAUGUCUAACAUGGCAAAUGUCCGGGUUGCCAUGUCCACAUGUAUGUGCUGUGAUCCGUACAUUGAGACACGAUGUGUAUGACUAUAUCGACCCAUGUUUUAAAGUCUCCACCCAACAGUUGAUUUACUCGGGUCAGUUUCAACCAUUACCAACACACAACAUGCCUAAAGUUUGUGAGGCUGGGACUUUGCAAGAUGGGCAAGGCAACGUAUUUCCUAGUCUCCAACCCCCGCAAGUGAGACGUCCUCCAGGAAGACCCCGACAAAAGCGUAUUGAGUCACAAUUUAGCCAUAAGAGAGCUAUUCAUUGCUCUCGAUGCAAUGACAUAGGUCACAAUCGGUCUAAAUGUAAUAAUCCAUUGCCGUGA